AUGACUCCCCUCACCCUUCUGUUCCUCGCUGCCAGCUACUUCUUCUACUCCUGGGUCCUCGUUCUGGCCCCCUUUACCCCGCUCUUCCUGUCAAUCACCGUCAAAAUCGCUACCACCAUCGCGUACGAAACGAUCCGCACAGUUGCCAACCUCUUCCUUGGCGUAGUCGGGGGCGCCGGUUUUGCGUCCACCAUGACUGGCCAACUCUUGCAAACUACCCUCACCAUCCUUGGAACGGUACUGGUCGCUGUAAUCAAAGCGGUGUGGACCAUCGCUGUCGUUCUGGUGCACGCGGGCAUCCAUGUUCUCAUUGAGGGUCCAAAGGUCCUCAUUGGCGUUGGCGCGGCCGUCAACUGUACGAUGGCCAUCUGCCGCGAUUCAAUCGUCUCCACCCUAUAUCACUGUUUGGGCAUAGUCGACACGACGUGUGACUUUAUGUUUGUCACAGUUCCAGCUGCGGGCGUUGGCCUCAUGGUUAGCCCGUUCAGCGCCUGGGCACAACUGGUAGGCGACGUCAAGGGUCGAAACGAGCAACUCCUCCUCCUCGUCUUCAACUUUGUCGUAGCCCGCAGUUUGAUCAACUUCUUCUGGCCACCUAGGAGCCUUGGAACAUGGCGGAUUCCCACGCCCGAUGGCGAAUUCCAGGAUCUUGAAGCCGACCCGAUGCGCCUUCGUGCUGUGCUGCGACUUUGGUGGCCGUUCUUGUCCCUCACCUUGGUUCUGUUCCGCAACUUCUUGGCAAGCAAUUCUUACAAAUGGCACCUUGCCGUCAUCGCCGUGCCACUCGUCGUGGAACGCGUCACCAUGACCGCCCUCGGUAUCUUUUUGGAAGUGCUGUGCGCCGUACUUCUCGAACAUGCGUCUCUAAACAAUCCUGUCGGGCAUCUCCGGGUUACAAAUGGCGUGGACACAGGUCUUGUGGGAGGCACACAGCGUGACCCUAACUGUUGCGUCGUUUGCCAGGACCGCGAGGCCGUCUACGCCGUCAUCAACUGUGGUCAUCUCGCCCUGUGUCAAGGUAUGCAGCCUCCCAAAGGCCCAUGA